AUGUGUUAUCAACGGGACCUAAAUCGAGAUGUUAAUACUCGUGAGCGAUUUCCAACUAACCCAACUAAUAACUAUAACAGUAAUCGAUAUAAUAAUGGUAAUGAUACUAAUUUUAAUCCAUAUCGCGGAACUAAUAAUCGAUACAACGGUAAUAACGGAACCCGCAACCAUACCUACCCGCAUGGCAACCAUGGUAAUAGAAGCAGCGAAAAUAGUGGUCAAGGCCGGUACAACGGUUCUUAUGGAAAUAACUAUCAGAGCAAUGACCAGUAUAAUCGUAAUAACGCUAACCAAAAUGCUGCUAAUUAUAAUUCAAGAAGCGAAUUCACUACUCCGAAUUUCAACCGCGAACGUGACAGUACAGUAGCUAGAAAUUUUGGCCACGGUCUCGGUGGAGAUCGUGUUGAAGGUAUUGCUGACGGUUUUGCUGAAGUUCUUGCUGGAGAUCGCGCUCGUGCUCUUGCUGUCGAUCACGCUGACGUCAUUGCUGAGGGUCUUGCUGAAGAUCUUGCUGGAGAUCACGCUCCCGGUCUUGCUGGAGAUCGCGCUGAGGGCAUUGCUGAAGAUCGCGCUCCUGGUCUCGCUCGAAAUCGCGCUAAGGGCAUUGCUGAAGAUCGCGCUCACGGUCUUGCUGGAGAUCGCGCUGGCUGUCUCGCUCGAAAUCAAGCUGAGGAAGGUCUUGAUGGAGAUCGCGCUCCCGGUCUUGCUGGAGAUCGCGCUCGUGGUCUUGCUGGAUAUCGCGCUCGUGGUCUUGCUGGUUAUCGCGCUCCUGGUCUUGCUGGAGAUCGCGCUCCUGGUCUUGCUGGAUAUCACGCUCCUGGUCUUGCUGGAUAUCGCGCUCGUGGUCUUGCUGGGAAUCGCGCUGACGGUAUUGCUGAGGGUUUUACUGGAGAUCGCGCUCGUGGUCUUGCUCGAGAUCGCGCUGGCUGUCUCGCUCGAAAUCAAGCUGAGGGUCGUGCUGAAAAUUGCGCUCGCGGUCUUGCUGGAGAUCGUGCUCGUGGUCUUGCUGGAUAUCGCGCUCCUGGUCUCGCUCGAAAUCGCGCUGAGGGCAUUGCUGAAGAUCGCGCUCGUGGUCUUGCUGGAGAUUGCGCUCGUGGUCUUGCUGGAGAUCGCGCUGGCUGUUUUGCUCGAAAUCAAGCUGAGGGUCUUGAUGGCGAUCGCGCUCCCGGUCUUGCUGGAGAUCGCGCUCGUGGUCUUGCUGGAUAUCGCGCUCCUGGUCUUGCUGGAUAUCGCGCUCCUGGUCUUGCUGGAGAUCGCGCUCGUGGUCUUGCUGGAUAUCGCGCUCCUGGUCUUGCUGGAUAUCGCGCUCCUAGUCUUGCUGGAGAUCGCGCUCGCGGUCUUGCUGGAGAUCGUGCUCGUGGUCUCGCUCGAAAUCAUGCUGAGGGCAUUGCUGAUGAUCGCGCUCGUGGUCUUGCUGGAGAUCGCGCUCGUAGUCUUGCUGGAGAUCGCGCUGGCUGUCUCGCUGAAAAUCAAGCUGAGGGUCUUGCUGGAGAUCGCGCUCAUGGUCUUGCUGGAGAUCGCGCUCGUGGUCUCGCUGGAAAUCACGCUUGUGAUCUUGGUGGAGAUCGCGCUCAUGAUCUUGCUGGAGAUCGUGCUCGUGGUCUCGCUCGAAAUCACGCUGAGGGCAUUGCUGAAGAUCGCGCUCGUGGUCUUGCUGGAGAUCGCGCUGGCUGUCUCGCUCGAAAUCAAGCUGAGGGUAUUGCUGAAGGUCUCGCUGAUAAUUACACUUUAUUAUCUGAUACAAUGAACUUUAUCUAA